AUGGUGGGUUUGUGUUUAUAUAUUGGUGUGGGUUUUGCGUAUGGAGCGUUUUGGUUCGUUGGAUUGGUGGAUGGUGAGGGGUUGAUGACCGUAGGAUGGGGAUCCGAGUGGGAUGUGAAGAAGUGGUUUGAUUGGUUCGUUUAUGAAGUGGGGAAAUGUCCAUCGUGUUUGGCAGAGUUUGUCGCGUCUGCUCCGCUUACACCGCUUUUAAAACCCGACAAUGGAAUUAGACCUAUUGCAGUGGGUACUAUAUGGAGGCGUUUGGUUUCUAAGGUUGCUAUGAAGGGUGUUGGUAAAGAAAUGACCAAAUACCUUAAUGAUUUUCAGUUUGGAGUCGGCGUGUCGGGUGGCGCUGAGGCCAUUUUGCACAGCGUUAAUAGGGUUCUAAGUGAACGUCACACUGAUGGGUCUCUUGCAAUGCUUACGCCAGCAAGAUUGUAUCUUGGAGAUGGGCACAUUUGGUCUACCACGGGAGUUCAGCAAGGGGACCCAUUAGGACCACUUCUUUUCGCGCUUGUUUUGCACCCCCUUGUGCAUCAGAUUAGAGACAAAUGCAAGCUUCUCCUUCAUGCUUGGUAUCAUGAUGAUGGGACUGUCAUUGGAGGUUCAGAAGAGGUGGCUAGAGUGUUGGACAUCAUUAAGGUAUCGGGUCCAGCAUUGGGUCUUGAACUUAAUAUUAAGAAAACUGAGCUAUUUUGGCCUUCUUGUGAUGGUAGCAAGUUUCGUGAAGGGUUAUUUCCUAAGGACAUCGGGAGCCCAUUAGUGGGGGUGAAGCUUCUUGGGGGGGCUGUUAGUAGAGACGCAAGCUUUAUUAGUGGGUUGGCAAAGAAAAGAGCUGCUAAGGCAGUAGAUUUGAUGCGUCUUCUACCGAUAUUAGGUGACCCGCAGAGUGAACUACUCUUGCUUCGAUCCUGUAUGGGCAUUGCCAAACUUUUCUUUGGCCUAAGGACAUGCCAACCUGUACACAUGGAAGACGCAGCGUUGUUCUUUGAUAAAGAUUUGCGUGAGGCGAUUGAGGAAUUGGUGGUUUGUGGAGGUCCUUUCUUUGGAGACCUCCAGUGGCGACUGGCUUCUUUACCUAUUAGGUUUGGAGGUUUGGGGUUGUAUUCGGCUGUAGAGGCUUCAUCCUAUGCUUUUGUGGCCUCGAGGGCCCAAUCGUGGGUGCUACAGGACCACAUUUUAAGAGACAGUGGCAUAUGCGGUAUGGAUUCUGAUUAUUUUGACUUGACCGUUAGACAAAGAGCCGUUUUUGAGUGUCUCCGAGCACCACAUGCACAAGAUUUUCUUCUUGCUAUACCUAUAGAUGGGUUAGGCCAGCAUAUGUCGCCGGUGGAGUACCGUACUAUUCUUAAGUAUCGCCUCAUGAUUCCUUUAUUCCCAGUUGAUGAGCAAAUGUGUAGCAACUGUUGUCAAUUUGCUACAAAUUUCUGA